AUGUCUGAAAAGGAAGAGGCUAUUUUCCGUUCUGCGGAAAUGUCACUAGUCCAGUUGUACGUUCCAACCGAAGUGGCACGAGGCAUUAUUUACGAGGUUGGGAAAUUGGGUAUGAUUCAAUUCAGAGACUUGAAUUCCAAAGUAAGCGAGUUUCAGAGAUCCUUUGUGAAAGAAUUAAGGAAAUUGGACAAUGUUGAAAGACAAUUUAGAUUCUUCAAAGAGAAGUUGGAUGAUAAAGGUGUUGUAUCACAACUUUUUCCUUAUGAAAAUGGUGAGAUCGUUGCUCAGUCGGAGAUAGAUGAGCUUGUUGAAAACUCUCACCUCUUAGAAAAAAGAGUGACUCAGUUGAUUGAUUCAGCAGAGCUCCUUUAUGAAAGGGAAAGAAACCUUAAGCAGUUACAAUAUUCGAUUUUAGGAAUUGAUCAGUUCUUUGAUAGUAGUGAUGCCCCUGUCUAUUCAGAUGUCAAUGAACAUGAUGCUUUAUUAUCCCAUUUGGAGUCUCAGGGAAAUGAUGCCUUGGAAGGUGCUUCGUCAUUCAUUACAGGUGUCAUUAAUCGUGACAAGAUUCUCCCGUUACAACAAAUUUUAUGGAGAGUGUUACGAGGCAAUUUAUUCUUCCACAGGCAAGAGAUUUCUGAAAGAUUGUAUGAUCUGAAAUCUAAAAAGUAUGUUGACAAAGAUUCUUUUAUUAUAUUCUCCCAUGGUGUUCUUGUCUAUCAACGUAUCAAGAAGAUCUGUGAAUCUUUGGAAGCGGAUUUAUACCACGUUGAUUCGACCUCAGAAUUGAGAACAGAACAACUAAAAGAAGUUAAUGAGAAGUUAGGUGAUAUAACAACUAUCUUGACUCAGACUGAUAAUGCAUUGAAUUUUGAACUCAUUGCCAUCUCUAAAGAUUUACAUAAAUGGUGGUCAGUCAUCGCCAGGGAAAAAGCUGUUUAUCAGACUAUGAAUCGUUGUGACUAUGAUGAUUCUCGUAAAACAUUGAUUGCUGAAGGCUGGAUCCCAACAGAUGAGGUUCAAACUUUAAAUGCUACGCUCAAGAACUCAACCAAUUCACAAUCAGUUAUUACAAUUGUGAACGUCUUGGAGACCACUAGAACACCUCCAACCUUCCACAGAACGAAUAAAUUUACAAGUGCGUUCCAAAAUAUCUGUGACGCUUAUGGUAUUGCGACUUAUCGUGAGGUCAACCCAGGUUUACCUACUGUUAUAACAUUUCCAUUUAUGUUUGCCAUUAUGUUUGGUGAUAUGGGUCAUGGAUUUCUUUUAAGUUUGGCUUCACUGUUCUUAGUUCUUAACGAAAAGAAAAUUGGUGCUAUGAAGAGAGAUGAAAUUUUUGACAUGGCAUAUACCGGUCGUUACAUUUUAUUGUUUAUGGGAAUUUUUUCUAUGUUCACUGGGUUUUUAUACAAUGAUCUUUUCUCUAAAUCAAUGACGUUAUUCAGUUCUGGUUGGGAAUGGCCAGAAAAAUUUGAAAUUGGGGAGCCUGUUAUUGCAAAGCAGGUGGGGGUUUAUGCUAUGGGUAUGGAUCCAGCCUGGCAUGGGGCCGAAAACGCUUUACUUUUCACAAACUCCUAUAAGAUGAAAUUAUCAAUCUUGAUGGGUUUCGCUCAUAUGACGUACUCACUAUUCUUUUCCUUGGUCAAUUACAUCCAUUUCCACAGUAUUAUCGACAUCGUCGGUAACUUUAUACCUGGGUUACUCUUUAUGCAAAGUAUUUUUGGAUACUUGUCAGUCUGCAUUGUUUAUAAAUGGUCCGUCAACUGGUAUGCAUUGAACCUUCAACCUCCUGCUUUAUUGGGCAUGUUGAUUUCGAUGUUCUUGUCUCCUGGAACUGUUGAUGAACAGCUUUAUCCAGGUCAGGCGCAAUUUCAAGUUUUAUUAUUACUUAUCGCAUUGAUAUGUAUUCCAUGGUUGCUCUUGUUGAAGCCGUUGUAUUUGAAAAGGCAAAUGGACAAGGAAGCACAAUAUCACCGCUUGUCUAAUGAAGAUAGUAGUGAAGAAUUGCCCGAAAAUGAAGAAGAAACCACGCAUAAUGAUGAUGAUGAAGAUCAUGAAGAACAUACCUUUGGAGAUAUUAUGAUUCACCAAGUCAUUCAUACCAUAGAAUUUUGUUUGAAUAGUGUGUCCCAUACAGCUUCUUAUUUGAGAUUGUGGGCUUUAUCUUUGGCUCAUGCUCAGUUGUCAAGUGUCUUAUGGUCGAUGACUAUCGGAACUACGUUUGGAACUACAGGGUUCUUUGGAGUUUUCAUGACUGUAGCUCUUUUCGCUUUGUGGUUCACAUUAACUGUUGUCAUUUUAGUGGUAAUGGAAGGAACUUCUGCAAUGUUACACUCCUUAAGGUUGCACUGGGUGGAAUCCAUGUCCAAAUAUUUUGAAGGAGAAGGUACUCUUUUCGAGCCUUUUGAAUUUAAAGGCUUGUUGGCGGAUAUCUUUUAA